AACAUCAUCUUGCUGGGACAAAGGAAGAUGUGAUUGCUUGCCCAAGUGUUCCUGAUGAUGUGAAGGAAAUAUUUGUGAAGCUCUUGGAAACUAAAAAAUAAAAGAAAGAAGAUUGCUUGGAUGUAGAGAAUGGGACAGUAAAAGGAAAAGAGGGAACAUCUAAAAUUUUCCAACAAAAGACAAUGAAUGAAGUUUGUAAAGAUAGGGAAUUUGUGAUUCAAGAAAUUUGUAAAUGCAUUUAUGGUAAUGCAUUACCAUUUAAUUUGGUAAGGAGUCCUCUUUUUAUUCAAAUGUUGAAGGUUGUUGGAGAAUAUGGGAGAGGUUUGAAGCCACCAACUUAUCAUGAGGUGAGGGUUUCUUUUUUGAAGAAAGCUGUUGACAACAUCCAAAAAAGCUUAGAGAAAUAUAGAAGUGAUUGGGAGAAAUGGGGAUGCACCUUGAUGUGUGAUGGUUGGACGGAUGGAAAAGGAAGAUCACUCACUAAUUUUCUUGUUAACAGUCCAAGUGGGACUGUUUUUUUGAAAUCUAUUGAUACUAGUGAUGUGAUAAAGGAUGGGAAAAAAAUGUUUGAAUUGUUAGACAACAUUGUUGAAGAAAUUGGGGAGGAGCAUGUAGUCCAAGUUGUGACGGAUGGGGCUUCUAAUCUUGUGGCUGCUGGACAAAUGUUAAUGGAGAAGAGAACCAAACUAUUUUGGUCCCCAUGUGCAGCCCAUUGCCUUGAUCUAAUCCUUGAGGACAUUGGAGAGCUUCCGGUAUUCUAUAAUACCAUUGCUAAUGCAAAGAAGAUUACUACCUACAUAUAUAGGCAUACAUGGGUCCUUAAUUUGUAUAGACAAUAUUCCAAUGGAGGGGAAUUAGCAAGACCAGCUGUGACAAGAUUUGCAACUUCUUAUCUUACACUAAAUUGCAUUAAACAACAAAAGAAUGCUCUUAGAUCAAUGUUUGCAUCGGAGGAAUGGGCUACUAGUCCACAUGCUAGUAAAAGUGAGGCUAAGCAAGUCAUGAACCUAGUGUUGAGUGAUGAUAGAUUUUGGAGAUCAAUUACAUAUUGUCUAAAGUGCGUGAUUCCACUUGUGAAAGUGUUAAGGCUUGUAGAUGGUGAUUCAAAGCCAGCCUCACCAUACAUUUAUGAAGCAAUGGAUAGGGCUAAAGAGAAAAUUGCUCAAAACUUUCAAAUGCAAGAGUCAAGGUAUAAAAAAGUGUGGAAGAUUAUUGACACUAGGUGGAAUCUGCAGCUUCAUAGGCCUCUUCAUGCAGCUGCCUAUUAUCUCAAUCCUAGGUAUCAUUAUGACAAGAACUUCAAUCCGGAUAGUGAAGUCUUAAUUGGUUUAUAUGAAACCUUUCAAAGAAUGGUUCCGGAUAUAAGGACAAGAGUUAUAAUAGAUCAACAACUUGAAAAGUUUAAGGGAGCUAAGGAGAUCUUUGGAAUGGACAUGGCAAUAGCUACUAGAGAUAAGAAACAACCGGCUCUUUGGUGGGAGAGUUACGGUAAAAGAGGUAAAGAGUUACAAAAGGUGGCCAUAAGAAUUUUGAGUCUUACAUGUAGUGCCACGGGAUGUGAAAAAAAUUGGAGUACAUUUGACCAAGUGCAUACUAAGAGAAGAAAUCGAUUGGAGCAACAAAGAUUAAAUGCACUUGUAUAUGUCAAAUAUAAUCUUCAACUUGAGAUGAGGCAAAAUAGUAGAGAAGAGAAUGGAGAUAUCUACGAUCCCAUAUGUUUGUCAGAUAUUAAAUCCGAUGAUGAGUAG